GUAUAUUGUGUCCAUGUACUAUAAGUUUAUCUGUAAAUACCUUUUCCUCUUUAUGGUGUUCUCUCUUUGCUUGCCGAUCAUAGCUUCCUCCUAGUUUCUCCUUUCUCAAGUUUUCUUAUAUUCUCUCAUACAUGUCUUCCGCGUCCCCUCUCUCUCCCAUCCCAAGAAAUCUUUGAUUCUAUGAUUCUCCUUUUUGUCUUCCCAUCUUUGUAUAAAUAUUAUAUAUCUACACCUGAGAAGGAACUUCUUCGCAACCAUUCUAUCUUUCCUCUUACCAAAAUUCCCAAGACUACCUGACAAGUUUUUUUUCUCUCAAGAUCAUCAACAACAACAAGGACACACAUAAAGAAAUGGCUCACCGUGUAGCUCAUGGGUGUUUUCAGAUCAUGCUUCUAUGUCUUCUUAUCACUUCACCUCUAAAUGUUAUAGCACAGGGUGUUAUACCAGUUGUUAAUCCUACAUCUCCUGGUGGUGAUACCACCACACCAACCAUUACCCAAUCAUCACCACCUUCCUCAACGUUCCCAGGUCCAAUCACAAACCCAAACCCACCAACCGGUGGCUAUCCACCACUCGAUGGUACAACACCAACCGGUGGUGGCUAUCCACCACUCGAUGGUACCACACCUACCGGUGGAGGCUAUCCACCACUUGAUGGUACUACACCAACAGGUGGUGGUGCACCCGGUGGAGGCGGAGGAGGAGGUGGUGACACUGGUCCAGGUGCUGGUGGUGGUGCACCUGGUGGAGGCGGAGGUGGUGGUGAUGGCGGUGGUGACACUGGUGCAGGAGGUGGUGGUGGUGGUGGCAGUGGCCAGUGGUGUAUAGCGAAAGCAAAUGCUUCACCAACAUCAUUACAGGUGGCUUUGGAUUAUGCUUGUGGGUAUGGAGGAGCUGAUUGUGGCCAGAUCCAACAAGGUGCAAGCUGUUACGAGCCAAACACUAUACGUGAUCAUGCUUCCUUUGCUUUCAAUAGUUAUUACCAGAAACAUCCUGGUUCAGACAGCUGCAGUUUUGGAGGGGCUGCACAACUUACCAGCACAGAUCCAGGUAAAGGAAGCUGUCGCUUCUCAGCAUCAUCAGGAACAGUCAGCACAAGCCCGCCAAGUCAACCGAGUCCACCAGAUUUUAAUUCACCACCUUCUACUUCUACAUUCCCACCGCCAAUAACAACUCCACCUACAGGCAUACCUGGUUCUGGACCACCCUUCGGCGUGGCAGAGCCAACAGGGCUUCCGAGUUCAGCAACUCAUGCGUCACAUAGCUACAUCUCAAUAUUUACAGCAGUUGGGAUACUAGUGCCACUCCUCAGGCAAUAUAAUCUUUAAACGGACAAAAAGGUCUCAGGGUUUCAAUCAUUCUCUGCAAAAUUACGAAGCACUUUUCUAAUAUAUACACCAUCACGAGAGUAUGGAGUUCAAGAAAGCAGCCAUGAUCAGCCAGAAGAUUUUUUAGUCCAAGACCUUUACUCUCAUCAUCUCUUCUCUUGCUAGUUCAUAAAUAUAUUUAUUUAAUUUAGUAGGAGAUAUUACACAAUCAAAAGGGCUUUAGAUUAUUAUAAACAUUCUUGUAGACACGUUAAGCGUAAUGUAUCUCUCCACAGUUUUUCAGAGAAUAAAAAAAUACCUAGGGAGCUGAUAAUAAUGACGAAAAUGUAUGAAAGCUACUUCAAGUCAAACCCUGAUCAAACGCUUUCUGCAAGUUGCCUGCUCGUGAGAAAUGCUGUAAAGUAAAAAAAAAACAAGAUAUUGCCAACGAAGUGAGACCCCCUUCUUACUUCCCUCUGUACACAUAGAUGGAACCAAUGAGUCUCGACUAAAGAAAAGAAAACCCUCAUCUCAAAAUCAUUACAUUCUCUAAAACUCUGACCGCUCAUAACUUAUACGAGGUCACAAUCGCCAAGAGCAAUGCAAUAAAUGGCAAUUCAAGUUCACCUAUACAAAAAAAUCAUCCCGGAAAGAGUAACUACUAGCACUAUCAAAAAAAAAAAAAAAAGUCUAUGACACAACAAA